GUUCCCUGCAUUUUUCCCUGCAUUUCCCUGCUCUGAGUGGCGAUCUGAUGGCGCGCUAGUCCUUAUGCACCCCUGGCUCAGGGCCCAGAAGGCCCAGAAGGCUCACAGGCUGUGUGCAUUGCGAAGCGCUUCGGGUAGGCUGGCAAUGGAGAACUUGGAAAGGAUCAGCCGAACUGAAGGAAAGCGGGUUUAUGUGGACCGCUCAGCUUGUCCAGGCCAAAGCAGCCUCUUGCAGAACGCAGCCUACGCUUUGCAGUUUGAAGCAGCUGCAGGUUCUCACACUGGCUCUCACGGCGCCUCCUCGCUUCGGGUCUAUACCACUGUGGACCGCGACAAGCUCUACGAUGGUCUUGCUGGGAGACCAGGGCUGCAAGGACCUCCGCCUCCCUACAACACGCCGAGGCGGCGCUUUCCUGGUGCUGGGGUCUCCCGCGUAGAUGGGCUGCUCCGCAAUAGCACCCCAUUGGCAUCAGAGCACCCGUCGCAGUAUGGGCAGCUCUACACUGGCGCUGCCGGAGCCCCUGGCCAUUGGUUGCUUGACCGUGCUGGUGCUGAGCUGCCGCUUGAGCUCACUGAGCCGUCCAGCGAAAUCGGCGCAGCCGGCGUCAGGCGGACGGGCGCCUCUCCAAGGAUAGAGGGCCGCCGGAACGUGCCCGGUGGAGGCUCCCACGUGGACGAGCUCUUGUGGGGCGUGGACGUGGACAGCUCUGCAGAUCCCAAGAUGUUGCAGGCCAAGGCUAAGCUCUUCGAGGGUGCCGCUGGCGGCAGCAAGCUGAGUCAGCAAGGUCGGCGGACCAUUCGCGGUGGCGACUCCAAAGUGGACGAGCUCAUUUGGGGUGCGGACGUCGAUGGCUCCGCACAUCCCAGCCUCCAAGAACAAGCCCAGCGUUUCGAAGGUGCUGCUGGCGGGAGGCUUUUUGACAAGCAGCAAGGGCGACGGCAUGUGGCCUCGUCCCGCCCUGACGCGUACGAAGAUCUGUCUGCUCGCGGGCGCAAGCAUCAUCCUUCAGCAGCUGACCGAAUAGGUCCACUUCUGGCAGGCACUGGGCCAGAGCCAGGGCCCGUGACGUACCGUCGAGCUCACCUCUUGGUAUCUUGGAUUGGACGCGACCAAUCAAGCUCCGGACAACCGGCGUGGGCUGCUGAUCGGCCAAGGUGGGUGCUGCCUCACAAGUUGAUGAUGUGGUGCUCAACAGGGACAUUGAUAGUUCUGAUCGAUGCUUUGCAGAGUUUGCCGAGUUCACUGCUGGUGCUGCUGGGCGGCGGUGCGUUGGAAAAGAGCUUCGAGCGGAAGGCAAGCGUCACAUCGAGGCCAAGGCCUCGCCAAUGAAAGAGGUCCUGAGUUCCCCGGAAGAAACGUCAUCCUGGCAUCUCUGAGAGACCGGAUGCCGUGUCUGCGAAGCUUUUGGCAACCUACGUUGCCCGCUUUUGCUUGGAGUCAAGCAUGCCAAGGGAACCAUUGCUGCGAAGCAUUG